CGUCGCACUGUGCACUCGUGUCUAAGAACAUUUUGACUGCCAGCAAAGAUGGCCGCCCUUAUGCAGAAGUCUGCUGUGACUCGCCCGACCUUCGCCAGCCGGGCGGGUCGCCGCGCCGUGGUUGUGCGCGCUGCCGCUGAUCGCAAGCUGUGGGCCCCUGGCGUUGUUGCCCCUGAGUACCUGAAGGGCGAGCUGGCUGGCGACUACGGCUGGGACCCGCUCGGCCUUGGCGCCGACCCCGUUGCCCUUCGCUGGUACCAGCAGGCUGAGCUGGUGCACGCCCGCUGGGCUAUGCUCGGCGCCGCUGGCGUGCUGGUCCAGGAGGUCGUGAAGCCCGAUGUCUACUUCUACGAGGCUGGUCUGCCCCAGAACCUGCCUGAGCCCUUCACCAACAUCAACAUGGGCGGUCUGCUGGCUGCUGAGUUCCUCAUGAUGCACUUCGUGGAGGUCCGCCGCUGGCAGGACAUCCGCAACUUCGGCUCCGUGAACGAUGACCCCAUCUUCAAGGGCAACAAGGUGUCCAACCCCGUGAUGGGAUACCCCGGCUUCGACCCCAUGGGCCUGAGCAAGGGCAACUUCAAGGAGCUGCAGACCAAGGAGAUCAAGAACGGCCGCCUGGCCAUGAUUGCCUUCAUGGGCUUCGUCCUGCAGGCCCAGGCCACCGGCAAGGGUCCCCUGGCUGCCCUGUCUGCCCACCUGAGCGACCCCGCGGGCAACAACAUCCUGAAGAACAUCGGCACCUGCACCGUCCCCUCCAGCGUGGACGUCCAGGGUCUCAGCAUUCCCCUGACCUGCCUGUGGCCCGGCCACCACUAAACGCAGCAACCACUGCUGCUGCAGCUUCUGCUAGCGGCUGCUGCUGCUAGCGUUGCUGCGAGUGCAUGCGAAGGCUCACAGGCCCGAAGGCAGCGCGCCGUGUGGAGAUCUCGCAUGCAUGCAUGGAUGCCACGGGUGAAGGCAGCGUGAGGUGCCGUCCUACUUUACUGUUAGGCUUGCCGGUUUUGGGCUGCUGCUGCUGCAUAGCGGGGGCAGUGUGCGCCGCGCAAGUCUUGGGGACUUGGCUGCCUGUGUUGCUGCGUGGCCUGUGGUGUUGUGACUGUUGUGACCUGUCUUUGACAAGUGUAACAGCUAUAAGCAAUGACCUGCCAGUUUUGCACGAGGUCUUGUGUAAAAGAGGAGAGGUGUUUCUUUGUCUGAGUUUUGGUUGUCGUUUUGGGGCAUGUGGUGCAUGGAGAGGCGCGUGCUGCUGCACGUGCGAGUGAUG